AUGCCGAUACAUUUACUUCGACUUCGACUUCGAUUUCUACUUCUAUACUUUAUCACUCUACCACUCUACCACUCUACCACUCUACCACUCUACCACUCUACCACUCUACCACUCUACCACUCUACCACUCUACCACUCUACCACUCUACCACUCUACCACUCUACCACUCUACCACUCUACCACUCUACCACUCUACCACUCUACCACUCUACCACUCUACCACUCUACCACUCUACCACUUACAAGAUGUUUACUUUUACCCAAUCAUCUACAUGCAUCUUAUCACUGUUGUCCCUUCUCCCAUCAAGCUUCCAUCAAGCUUCCAUCAAGCUUCCAUCAAACUUCCAUCAAACUUCCAUCAAACUUCCAUCAAACUUUCAUCAAGCCUCCAUCAAGCCUCCAUCAAGCUCCUUCCCAUCAAGUUCUCAUAG